ACUGCUAACCCUAAACUAAAACCUAACUUUCAAUUACGACCAAAAAGCUAAGUUUUGUUUUCAGGAUUUUUUUUAACCAAUUUUGACUGUGUUUGUGUUAUCUAUUGGAAACCCGCUUUCAUCUGUUGCAAAACGUUUUGCAACAGAUCAAAUGUUUCGCUACGGAAUUCGACUAAUGAAUACACCCAGUUGUAUUGAACGCAACAAUAGGUCCCUCAAAUUGACAGCUGAGAGAGAGAAGAAAUGGCGAUGCUAGGAUCCUUUAGCUCUGCACAGCAGAAGAAAAAUGUUUCUGGAGGCGACAGGGACGUGACAGAGUUCCUCUGCCCGGUUUGUCUGGAGAUUUUUGAUAGCCCUGUCACAACACACUGUGGACAUACGUUUUGUCAAAGUUGUCUGCAGGCGUGCCUGCGGCCCCAAAAGCCAGUGUGUGCCGUGUGCAGGGCAGCACUGGGUCACUGGGCCAAAGCCACUGACCUAGAUGCCCUCAUACACACCUCUGUGGCGGCCUGCAAGGGCUGCGGAGCACAGGUUGGCCUGUCCCAAAUGAGAGGCCACACAGCAGCCUGCUCCAAGUACCAGGAGUACAUUGAGGAGGGGGUCAGGACCACUGCCCAGACCCAGCCUAACAUUAUCGGCCCUUUGCCGAAUCGCUUCACCUUCUCCUGCCCGUACUGUAACUGCCAGAACCUUGACCAGGACGGCCUGGUGGAGCACUGCACUUCCCAGCAUGCCCGGGACACGCGCCACGUGGUGUGUCCUAUCUGUGCCUCUAUGCCUUGGGGAGACCCUAACUACAGGAGCGCUGACUUCUUCCAGCACCUCAAGAUUAGACACACCUUCUCUUAUGACACCUUUGUCGACUACUCCACAGACGAACACACUAUGAUCCAGGAGGCUCUACAACGCUCCCUCAUGGAGAACUGAGGUGGUGUAUGUCUGGAGGAUGGAGGAAAAGGGGAUUUGGA